AAGCGUAAAGAAAGAUUAAUAAAAAGGAUCAGAGGAUGUUCUGGACCUAAGUUCCACCUGGGUUCAUCUUUCUAACAGAGACGGGUCAGGAGGAUCCAUCGGUGAAGAGCUGGAGUGAUAUGUCCAUCAUAGAGCGAGUAGGCCUCAACAGCUUGGACAUGACAGAAAAGGACUUGGAGACGGCCUUCUCUCAGAUCGCCCUGGCUUUUCGCUGUGACCAGUACACCCUGAGACAGAGGCUGCAGUCAGAGGAGCACGCUCGCAACCUGGCCGAGGAGAACAUCCACCUGGAGCUCACACGAGGCAGGGAGACUCUGGAGACCUUGAAGGGCCUGUGUUUGGACAGUAAGCGCAGCAGCAUCCUGCAGAGGCUGGAGUUGUGUCUGGACAUCCUGGGUGGGACGGUUGAGCGAAUCUCCAGCACAGCAGAGGUGCUUGGCGCUGUUCACCAGGAGGCUCGAGUGAGUCGUGCUGUGGAGCUCAUGGUGGCUCAUGUGGAGAGUCUGAGGAGACGUCAUGACAGACAUUUAGCUGAGCUUGAAGAAGCUAAAAAGACAGUGGAGCAGCAGCAGUUGAACUCCAGCCGGCACAGCAUUAAUCCAAGAAUCAUCUCAGCAGAUCCAGAAAGUGAUAGAAAGAGGAGAAACUCUAAUCAGAGCAUCUUACGUCGUAGAGUCAGUGCAUCGAUCAUUUCUAGCCCAGCUCAGGAGAAGAAAAAGCGAGAUUUAAGGAAGUGGACCUCCACCUGCAAGAAGCAGUCCCCUCCACUUUUGUCUCCUUCCCUGAGUUUAGAUUCUUGCAGCUCUGUCUUCACUUCUGGGGACAGCCACUUAAUGGAUGAAAGGCAGGCAGACCCAGAUCGAGCAUGUACUACCUUUCCAGAUCUUUCUGCUCCCACCCCAGGGAGCCCAUCAACUGAAGAAGUGAUUCCUCCAAGUACGCAGAGCAAAAGUCUUCGUUACAGCCUCUCUCUGGAUUCUCUGCAACAAAGACAGAAAGCCAAAGCAGCCGUUUUAAGCAAAGGAAAAGACAGAAAGGCACAAAGUAUUCAGAGACAAAUCUCCAUAGGCACGUAUGGGUCCCCUUGUAAGCAGGAUCCUCUGGCGGUCCGGUUGCAUCGCUGCCGAUGGGCGCGCUGCUACACCAACCUGCUGGUGCUCCUCUGUGUGUUGAUGCUGACUUACGUAAUGUGGAAGCUUCAUGAAGAGGAGCCUGAGCCAUGACUGGAAAAUCAUUAUUCUCUGCAUAGAUUCUUUAAGAAAUAAAACCCAUUCCCAUUUCUUUUAAGAUUAUUUAUUAUA